UCCUUCCCGGCUUUCUCUGCCUUCUCCUUGUGCCCUGGGUUACGGCUGUAGGUGACCCUUUCUCCAACCCCAGGGGGCCGGUGGCAGGCGCCCAUGGAGAGUGCUGAAGGUGCCGAGCAGCACGCGCCCGAGCGGAGCGGUCCAGCCGAGGGGCCGGCCCAGAGCACGGCUCCGCAAGGGCCCCGGCAAGACCAGGGGCAGCCCCUCUAUCACGAGGAAACCAUUGAUCUCGGUGGAGACGGGUUCGGGUCAGAAGACUCGAAUAACUUAGUGGACAAGCUCGAUGAGCCCAUGAUGGAGAGCGUCCUCAUCUCUGAUUCCCCGAACAACAGCGACGAUGGCGCGGGGGACCUGGGUUGUUUGCAGGAUGUCGUGGAGACUGCGGAAGGCGGCGCAGAUCACAGACGGGAAAGCGUCGUAGAUGAAGAAGCGCUGGACGCUCUGAGUGAUGACGGUGAAAGUGAUGGAGAGGACACACCUAAAGACGUCUCGGACAUGACCUCCGACAGCAGAGCAUCGUUGAAGGAAGACCCAGAGCAAGAGGAGGUGAAAGACCUGCCCACCUUUGAGCACGAGGGUGCAGAGGACUUGGGCCCAGGGGACGCGAGGGCGCCCGCAGCGGGGCCGGCAUCAGGACUGUCCCCCCGGCAGCCGUCCCCCAAAGACGAGCCGGUGCCCAUGUGCACCAUCUUCAGCCAGCCGCCGCCCGCCGGCUCCCAGCCCCAGGUCCCGCGCGAUGGCUUCGAGUCCCAGAUGGUGAAAUCGCCCAGUUUCAGCGGCGCGAGCGAAGCGGCCGCCAGGACCCCUCCUCAGGUGGUCCAGCCGAGCCCCAGCCUGAGCAAAUUUUUUGGCGAUACAACCAGCACUAACUCCUUGGCCUCGGACUUCUUUGAUUCCUUCACAACCUCGACCUUCAUCUCCGUCAGUAAUCCCAACGCCAGCCCUUCGAUUCCAGAAAGCUUGUCUUCACUCGCCGCUACCCCAGUGGGAGAAAACUCCCUGGGUUCUGCCGACCCUUCUUACUCCCCAGGGACGGAAAGAUCGGAGUCAGGUGUUUCCACAGCUUCUCUGGAAAUUCCUCAGUCUCCAAAACCGUUUUCGCAGAUCCAGGCUGUGUUUGCCGGGAGCGAGGACCCCUUUGCCACCGCCCUGAGCAUGAGCGAGAUGGACCGGAGAAACGACGCCUGGCUUCCCGGGGAGGCGACCAGGAACGUGCUGAUUUCAGUCACCACCCAGCAGUACAGCACGGUGUUCGUGGACAAGGAGGGCCUCACCAUGCCGGGCCUCAAGUUCGACAACAUCCAGGGAGAUGCAGUUAAAGACUUAAUGCUUCGCUUCCUGGGUGAAAAAGCUGCAGCAAAGAGACAGGUCUUAAACGCCAACUCGGUAGAACAGUCUUUUGUUGGAUUGAAACAGCUCAUUAGCUGCAAGAACUGGAGGGCAGCCGUGGACCUGUGCGGGCGGCUCCUUACGGCCCACGGCCAAGGCUACGGCAAGAGCGGGCUGCCGACCAGCCACACCGCCGACUCCCUGCAGCUUUGGUUUGUGAGGCUGGCACUGCUGGUGAAGCUGGGCCUUUUCCAGAAUGCCGAGAUGGAGUUUGAGCCCUUCGGAAACCUGGAUCAGCCAGAUCUCUAUUACGAGUACUACCCUCACGUGUACCCUGGGCGUAGGGGCUCCAUGGUCCCCUUUUCGAUGCGGAUCCUGCAUGCGGAGCUUCAGCAGUACCUGGGGAACCCCCAGGAGUCGCUGGACCGGCUGCACAGGGUGAAGGCCGUCUGCAGCAAGAUCCUGACAAACUUGGAGCAGGGCCUGGCCGAGGAUGGCAGCAUAAACUGCACGGCCCACGAGAACAGACAAGCCUCCGUGCAGCUGUGGCGGUCCCGCCUGGGCCGGGUGACGUGUUCCAUGGCCAACUGUCUGCUGCUCAUGAAGGAUUACGUGCUGGCCGUGGACGCGUACCGCGCGGUCACCCAGUACUUCCCGGAGCAGGAGCCCCAGCUGCUGAGCUGCAUCGGCCGGAUCUUCCUCCAGAUUGGAGACAUAAAGACAGCUGAAAAGUACUUUCAAGACGUAGAGAAAGUAACACAGAAACUGGAGGGACUGCAGGGUAAAAUAAUGGUUUUAAUGAACAGAGCUUUCCUUCACCUCGGUCAGAAUAACUUUGCAGACGCCCACAGAUGCUUCACAGAGAUUCUAAGGAUUGACCCAGCAAAUGCGGUGGCCAACAACAAUGCGGCCGUGUGCCUGCUCUACCUGGGCCGACUCAAGGACUCGCUGCGGCAGCUGGAGGCCAUGACCCAGCAGGACCCGCGGCACUGCCUGCACGAGAGCGCGCUCUUCAACCUGACCACCAUGUACGAGCUGGAGUCGUCCCGGAGUCUGCAGAAGAAGCAGGCCCUGCUCGAGGCCGUGGCCAGCAAGGAGGGGGACUGCUUCAACACGCAGUGCCUCAAGCUGGCCUAGUUUCCCGCCUGACGCCCGAGCCGACAAACCCCCCGCCCUGGCGUCUGCGAGCCGGCCUUCUCCAUCCAGCCGAGGCCCAGGCCGCUCCAGCCGUUUGCACACGCGGGGUGAACGUAACCCGAGGGAGGGGGUCCAGGGCGCCUCGGCCCCUCCUGUGCAUUCCUGGAAGCUGACCUGCUUCGUGUGCUAAGCUGAGCCACGUAACACAAACCGUUCUCGCUCCGAGCCUGAAUGUUCUAGAGGAUCCAUAGAUAGAUAGAUAAGGGGGAAGAGAGACCGUUCGUCCCCACCCACGUCCCAAAGCUAACCACGUCCACUCCUCUGAUCCUUUCCCAGCCUGUGCUGGCACCCAGGACGGGCCUGGUGAAGGGUGAACGAACCCGUCCUUCCUCCUCCUGCAUGUGCACAUCAGAGGGAGCGGGGGCGGGGACGCCUGGGGGUGGGUUCUGGAGAACUCGGGCCCUACUGCACAGAACGAGGGCGGGCCUCACAGUGCAGACGUGUUCUCUCAGGUCUGAGGGUCAGGGCGUCUGCGGUCCUGUCUACACGGUCACUCCUCCUGCUUUUAAAGUCUCUGAAGUACCUGAGUGCUUCUUCACUAAAGAACUCUGGCCAGGGUCCUUUAAAUAUCCAGCUAUUCUAAUACACUUUAAAAUGGAACUCACUUUAAAGACUCUGAGAUAAACAUCUAUUGCGUAAAGCAAAGCGAAGCUGUAUUUCUGGUCAUUUUUGUAAUAAAGUAAAAACACAAAUGCAGCAUCUACUGGGCAGAUAGUCCCAAUGCAAUUGUUGAAGUACAGAUUCAUUACACAUUAAAAUAGGAGAAAAAGAUGAUGAGACCACCAAGAGGACUGUGGGAUACCAAGGAGGUUCUAAAAUCGUCUCUUUUCAAGAAGAAAAAUCAGAACUCCUUAGGUCUCAGAAGCCCCAAAAUACGCCAUUUUAAUUUUUUCACUUUGAGGGUUUUCCUUCGAAUCUGGCGGCAGGGGGUGGGAGGUGGUGGUAAACAAGGCUCGGCCUCCACCUUGAACCUGCGCGGGGCGGGAGGCGUCCGCUCGGAUCCCCUCGGAUUCCGGAACCGUCCUUCCUGGGUCCGCUGUGUACAGAGCGGGUAACACUGCACAGGAUCCCGGGGGCGGUGGCCAAGCCAGUCAGAAACCGGACUCCAGGUUCCCCAGUAAAUCGGUAUUUGCAUCCUGGACGCACCCUCCCCGACCCCCAUUCCCUUACGGGGGCAUUGAGACAGGCAGGGCGAGCGCUAAACCCCUGCCGUCUGGGGCUCGCUGGGGCUCCGCACAUUUGCAGAUCCUCAGAGGCAGCGAGGGAAGCGCGCCCCAGGUGUCUGUAAGGUCUGGGGUAACGGUUGUACUUUAUCUAGUUCACACUCCAUUUUCCUUUACCUUAAUUUCUUAAAAGAGUAAAUGCAUCAGGUAGUGCCGCGUGUGGUCUCCUCCAACACCCACGAGGUAGUUCUGGCCCAGGGGACGAGGCCGGGUCUGCACCCACGCCCUGGGCCCAGACCCAGGACCCCUCCGCCCAUCACACAGACUCCUGGGAAGCGCCCAGAAAGCUCUUCCCCCAGAGGCUCCCCAAAACUCACGGUUUGAAGCCCUCACCCCAGCGAGGCCGUCUGUGGAGAUGGGCCUUCAAGGAGGUGACACAGGUGAGACGAAGUCACAGGGUGGGGAGGAGAGGCCACGUGCGUACUCAGCCAUGGAGCGAGGCCUGGGAGCGGCCAGCCCUGUGGCACCUGGACCUCUGACCUCCCGCCCCCAGAGCCGCUGUCGGUGGCAUCUGUCACAGCAGCUGAGCUGGCAAGACACCCACUCUCCUCUCUGCGGUCCCUGCGCCAACGCUGUGGGCAGCCCGCGGGGGAGCAGGGCCCCUGCCACCGCUCGCCUCCGCCCUUCCGUGACCUGUGCCCUGGAGGGCUCGGGGCGGCCUGUCCGCUGUGGCACCCACGGGCCUGGGACGGUGUCUGCAGCCGGUGAGCCCAGGAAUGACUGAGCCAGCACGAGCCAGUCCGAGACGGGGCCAGCCCCCGCCCCCCCCCCAGCCAAAUGCUCACCAGGCGGGAGACCUAACAGUCCAUGAACCUCGCCGGGACGCACGCCCAGACCUGGCUUGUAGGAGCAGGAAGAGAUGAGCUUUUCUGGAAAAGGAGUUUGCAACUGAGUCAAAAUUUUACAGUAGGGGAGUGGUUUCACUAAUUGCCCCACAUUCCUAAGACGCGUUUAUGCAAGACCAUGUUUAAAAAGUUAAUGACAUGGAAAAGUACUCAAAAGAAAUGUGUAUUUACAUAAUAUGUGCAUAUGUUAACGAAAGGACUGAAAAGUAAUACUAGAUGUUAAAUCACAGUCACAGCAAGGAUGGGCACAAAGGCAUUUUUAUUUGCCCUUCUAUGACUCUGAACCUCACAUUUUUCCACAUUGUGUGUGUGUGUUUUGUUUUUAUA